GAACGUUAGAAAUGAGAUAGUCUUCCUAAUGACUGUUAUUCUGUUUUAGUGGAGCGAUUCAUUUGCUGCCGAGGGGCAGUGAAAAGCGCUUUGGUUAAAAAACACGAAAAUGCGCAUUUUGUUUAGGGCUUUAAAUAAUUGCUCUGAUAGUUGCAUUGCCUAGAGAAUGCUUGACCCAAAUGUUUGCAUUAAAAAGCCUUUCGAUUUCGGUUACCCUGUUUUAUGUGGUUCUCUGGGAUGGAAACAAGGAGAUGAAGAAGGGAAAUGGGCUCAAAAAGCUAUUGAGACACUAAUUAAGAAAUUGAAGAAGCGCAAGGGAGUUUUGGAAAGACUUCAGCAUGCUUUGCUGCAUCCUAACGAACCUAGUGAAUGUGUGACAAUUCCAAGAUCUCUCGAUGGUCGUAUACAGGUUUUAUCUCAAGUUUUUGUUUCAUUUCGGCAGGUUUCCCAUCGAAAAGGAUUUCCGCAUGUCAUUUACUGUAGAGUAUGGCGUUGGCCAGACCUUCAGAGCCAUCAUGAAUUGAGGCCUGUAGAGAGCUGCAAACUGCCGUUUAGUUCUAAAGAAACUGAAGUAUGCAUUAACCCUUACCACUAUACUCGCGUGGAUUACCCUGUUUUGCCACCUGUGUUAGUACCUCGCCAUAAUGAAUACCCAACAGUUGAAUCUGCCAAAAAAGAACCGACAACAGACAAUCAAACAUGUGGCCCACAGUGUUAUUCAGAAUUUCAUGCCGUAAACUAUCAAGAACCAAAAUACUGGUGCAGUAUUGUGUAUUAUGAGUUAAAUUCACGCAUUGGUGAGGCCUACUUUGCUAGCAUACCCAGUAUAAUUGUUGAUGGAUUCACCAAUCCUGGUCGGGAUAGUGGUCGAUUCUCCUUAGGCUUUCUAUCAAACAUCAACAGGAGCCUAGCUGUCGAGAACGCCCGCAAGCAAAUUGGAAAAGGUGUUCACUUAUUUACCUUUGGUGGUGAUGUAUACGCUGAAUGCUUAUCAGAUUGUAGCAUUUUUAUUCAGUCACGUGAAUGUAAUGAACGUCAUCAUUUCCAUCCAACAACUGUGAUUAAAAUACCUCCAGGUGGUUGUCUUCGCAUAUUCUCUAAUCGUCAAUUCGCUCAUAUACUGAGUUAUACUAUUUCACGAGGCGUUGAAGCCACCUAUGAUCUUGUACGAAUGUGUACAAUUCGACUGAGUUUUGUUAAAGGAUGGGGUGCAGAAUAUCAUCGACAAGAUAUCACAUCUACACCGUGUUGGAUAGAAAUUCAUUUACGUGGUCCUUUUCUAUGGCUUGACCGUGUUCUUCGUCAAAUGGGUCCAAGUCGAAGUCCUAUCUCUUCAGUUUCAUAAUUCAUACAGCAAAUAGUUUUGUCAACAAUUCGUGUUUUUUUUUCGCUUCAUUUCAUUUAUGUAUCACCCCCCCCCUUCCCCCGACUGUUGUGAUCUCACUUUCAAUAUUUUAAAGACUGCAUUAAUACUUUACAACAUUAUGUAUUUUACUCAAGCUGUGAUUUCAUUAUUGAUCAUUACCUUCAGUGUAAUCAUACUAUUUACAUUGAGUUUACUUAUCUUACCAAAAGUAUAUUUUACUUCAUUUCUGUGUUUUGUUUUUACUUUAUAUUUUUAAGCAAAGAAGAAUCUUUACGCUACUUUCUUGAAUGGACAAUUGUUUUCUGUCUGCUUAUCACUUGUCUUUUUAAGUGUAUUCACUAAAAAAAGGCGUUAAAUCUACAUUAUUAUCAUUGUGAUUACAAAGGUAAUCUAUAUGAAAUAUACUUUUCUCCUUAUCUUACCAUGGUUAUCUUUCUUGCAUCUCUUAUCUAGGUGAUAUGGGUUAAGUAUUUUGUCCUUUUAUCAUAUGACUACUACUAUUUUUAUUAACUUUAUACUGUCAGCAUUUAAGUCUAAUUAAUAUCCAAGCGCCAUCUUUUUCUUUUUUGCCGCUGGUUAAAAUUGUACUUGUUCAAUAGAAUUUUCUCUUCAUGUUUGUUUCCAAAACUUAACAAAUUGUGUACAUGUAUACUAGUGUCAGCAAUAUGUUUUGAAAGUAUGCUAAUUUCUUUUUUUUAAAUGAAGUGAUUGGUCGAAUCUAUUUACGAAGACAUUUUCAUUUGCUAACAAACCUAUACUCUCUACUUAUUGUAAAAUGGUAGACUUCAGUUGUAUGUUUUUCGUUUUGAAAAGGGAACUUUACUGAACAAGAAAUCUUCCGUUAAGAUUCUUUCAUUUUCGGC